AUGUUCAAGUCUCUGAUCCUGGCCCUCGCCACCGUCGGCAGCGUCGCCGCCGCGCCCACGAGCUCCGGCAACCUCGCCAACUCCGUGUCGGUGCCUCAGCACAAGCACAAGCGCGACCUGACCUCGCGCGGCUGGUCCGGCGCCAUCCAGGAGGCCGACUCUGGCACCUGGAACUUUGUUCAGGGCACCGUCGUCCUCCCCACCCUCAACGACCAGAACAACCCCAAGGGCUCCGGCGACAUCUGGGUGGGCAUCGACGGCAACAACUGCGGCACCGCGAUCCUGCAGACGGGCAUCGUCUGCUACGGCGACGGCUCCUUCUGGGUGUGGACCGAGUGGUGGCAGUACAACAUGCAGGACUACGACACCAACCUGGGCGUCUCGGGCGGCGACACCGUCCGCAUGACGGUCAACGCCACGUCCACCACCUCGGGCACCACCCUCAUCGAGAACCUGACCACCGGCAAGAGCGUCUCGCAGACGUUCACGGGCGAGACCCGGUACCCGCUGUGCGAGAGCGACGCCGAGUGGAUCGUGGAGGACUUCCAGGAGAACGGCAAGCCGGUGCCGCUGGUCAACUGGGGCACCAUCGAGUUCACCAACACGGUCGCGUCGGGCCCCGGCACCUCGGUCACGGCGGCCGGCUCGGAGCUCAUCAACAUCAAGCUCGACGACGGCACCAUCGUCACCCAGUCCAGCGUCGACAACGACGGAAACGUCUUUGUCAAGUACAUCGGCAACUAA